UAUCUGGUCAGACGAUCGUGUUGGAAAAUUCAGCGUCAAAAAAAGAAGGAAGUUGUGGUCAUUUCUAUAUAAGGAACUUUAUGUGAGAUUUAAGCUUUUGCUCUUAUAAAACUUGUUCAUAGAAGAACACUCCGGAGCUAUGCUUUUCUACUUAAAGAGUUUCCUGAUCUUCUACAGCUUUGCUGUUUCAUUUCAGUUUGAACAUGAAAUCUCUUACUUCAUUGGCUGCUUUGCUGAAGGCUCCACUGAGGUUCUGCUGGAGUUUGAUUCUGAAGAGAUCCUCUACGUGGACUUUGAAAAAGAGGCCGUUGUCUUCACCGGACCUUCUUUUUUUAAGGCCAAUCUAAGUGAAAGAAUUCAGGGUUUGACAACAUAUAAGAAUGGAAAGAAAAACAGAAUUUGGUGCCAAUUAGCAGAUCAAUAUUUUACAGCAGAAACAGAAGAAAGAGAUCCUCCUGGGGAGGUAUUAAUCUACACUUCAGCAGAGGUUCAACCGGGGGUGGAAAACACAAUAAUUUGCUUUGUGAAUGGUUUCUACCCACCAUCAAUAAAAGUCAGCUGGACAAAAAAUGGAAAUCCAGUGUCAGAAGGCGUAUCGCACAGUCGAUAUUACCCCAACAAGGAUCAAACGUUCCACCAGUUCUCCACCCUUUCCUUUACACCGAGCUGGACAGAUGUUUACAGCUGCACCGUAGAGCAUCCAGCACUGGAAAGUCCCAAAACUGUUCUCUGGGAACCUGAAUUCCAUCAUCAACAUCCUAAUCUGGAUGUUUUCCUUGCAGCCAGUCUGGGUCUGGGUUUGCUGGGUUUUGCAGUGGGAACAUGUUUAAUCAUAAUAGCACUCAAAAGGAGUUAAUGUUUUGGUCUUUAAGUCACACUUGCUCUACAUCUUUUUAUUUGUCAUUCUGCAUGUCUGAUGAUCUCAUAACAAGAACCCAUGUUACAAGUUUAUCCUUCACAGUAUUUAUUCCAUAACAGUUUAUUAAUUGCCUGCAGGUCCUAUGUGUAUCUACUGUCUUUACAUGUUGCCAAAGAAUUAUUAAAUGUGUUUUAAGAUGA